AAAAAAAUUAUUCUAUUUUAAUUUAUACUGUUGAUUUUAUUUCAAUAUUGGAUGAAAACUGCACCUGUAAAUAUAAGAUAGGGUGCGCCUCAACACCAGUUACAUCAUCUGAUGUAACAGAUACUACUGAACAACUCGUCCUUAAGGCUUUGACAUUUGCCUGCCUUACACUUGAUACUGGACCACCGGCAGCUAAACUAAACUCAAACUGCUAGUGAGAUUGUAGAGAUAAACUGCUUAUAGAGAGCAACCAUAAUGAGAAGUCGCAGUAAUUCCGGAGUGAAACUCGACAACUAUGCCAGAAUGUUGCAACAGACAAUCCUCUGUCACCAGGAUCCGGUGACAGGGUUACUCCCAGGAGAUGAGACGUUACCUCACGCCUGGGUUAGAGACAAUGUGUACUGCAUCCUGUCUGUGUGGGCUCUAAGUCUGGCCUACAGGAAGAAUGCAGACAGAGAUGAAGACAAAGCCAAAGCCUAUGAACUGGAGCAGAGUGUGGUCAAACUAAUGCGAGGAUUACUGCAGUGCACGAUCAGACAGCUGGAUAAGGUGGAGAAGUUCAAGUACAGCAAAAGCACCAAAGAUUGCCUUCAUGCUAAAUACCAUACAGGAACUUGUGCCACUGUUGUUGGUGAUCAGGAAUGGGGUCAUCUACAGGUGGACGCCACCUCCAUCUUCCUGCUCUUUCUGGCCCAAAUGACAGCAUCAGGGCUUAAAAUUGUUUAUACCCGUGAUGAGGUCGAUGUUGUCCAGAAUCUGAUCUUUUACAUUGAAUCUGCGUACAAAGUGGCGGAUUUUGGAAUGUGGGAACGAGGAGACAAGACGAAUACAGGGAUCCCUGAGAUAAAUGCCAGCUCUAUUGGAAUGGCAAAGGCAGCUCUGGAGGCCUUGGAUGGACUGAACCUUUUCGGUGCCAAGGGCGGCCCAGAGUCCGUUGUACACUCUUUAGCCGAUGACAUUCAGCACUGCCAAUCUAUUCUCAGCUCCAUGCUGCCAAGGGCAUCGACAUCCAAAGAAGUAGAUGCUGGGGUUCUGUCCAUCAUCUCUUAUCCUGCAUUUGCAGUCGAGGACAUUAACAUUGUUAAUAUCACCAAAGAAGAAAUAAUUUCAAAACUUCAGGGCAGAUAUGGAUGCUGUCGCUUUCUUAGAGAUGGACAUAAAACUCCCCGAGAGGACCCCAAUCGAUUGUACUACGAGUCAUCAGAGCUGAAGCUCUUCGAGAACAUAGAGUGUGAAUGGCCACUGUUCUGGACAUACCUCAUCCUGGAUGGUGUUUUUAUCAACAGUCCAGAACAGGUCCAGGAGUACAGAGAGGCUUUAGACAGCAUUCUCAUCAGAGGGAAGAAUGGAUUGCGAUUGGUCCCUGAGCUUUAUAGUGUUCCUCCAGAUAAGGUUGAUGAAGAGUAUGUUAAUCCUCACACCGUGGAGAGAGUGCCAGUAGGCAAGUGUCCACUGAAAUGGGGCCAGUCUCUGUACAUAUUGGGUAACCUGCUGGCAGAGGGGUUUUUAGCUGCUGGAGAAAUCGAUCCUCUCAAUAGACGCCUCUCCACUGUUCCCAAGCCUGAUGUUGUGGUUCAAGUGUCUCUCCUGGCAGAAAACGAUGAGAUUAAACAGCUCCUGCAGAGCCAUGGCAUUGACGCUGAAACCCUGGAGGACGUUCACCCAAUCCGAGUUCAGCCCUCCAGAGUCCUCAGUCACAUCUAUGCCAGACUAGGGCGCAACCAAAGGCUGGGACUGACUGGACGGCCAUACCGGCGAAUUGGUGUGCUGGGAACUUCCAAAUUCUACAUUAUUCGUAACACAAUCUUUACUUUCACACCUCAAUUUGUUGACCAUCAUGAGUUCUAUAUGGCCCUGGACAAUCACAUGAUUGUGGAAAUGCUCCGUAUCGACCUCUCCUACCUCUGCUCUCGCUGGAGGAUUACAGGCCGACCCACAAUUACUUUCCCAAUUUCACACAGCAUGCUCACUGAUGAUCACAAGCAAAUUGAUCCUGCUGUUUUGGCAACCUUGAAAAAACUACAGGACGGUUACUUUGGAGGAGCAAGGGUUAAGACUGGGAAACUUUCUGCUUUUCUUGACACCUCCUGUUGUGCCCAUCUUACAUUUAUGGACUGUGAAGUGGAUGACCUGGCUGUGUAUCUGGACCAGCUGCUGGCAGUUCCUCAGCAGAGUCUCAUUAGUGCCACUAAAGGAGGCCUCAGCCGCUUCAGGGCAGCAGCCAAAAAGACUCGGGAGAUGGUGUCUUUGGUGCACAAAGCCAGAGAGCUUAAUAUACACAAUGUUCACAUGUACCUUCCAACUAAACUUUUCCGUUCUCCUGCACCAAACCUUAAUUUGCUGGAUAACAAAGAAAAGGCAUCUGAGAAACAGGCCCCUCAACCCAUGAACCUGCCCAGAGACAACAAUGGUGGGAUUGACUACCCAGCCUUAGUGCAGAUGCUGAAACAAAGUCAGAACUUACAGGAUCAGACUGAUAUUCUCUACAUCCUGUUCAAAGACAAGGGAAUGGAUUGGGACACCAAGCUUCAUGGGAAAGGUUGGACGGUAAGACGACUAUUGAGUGAUUUGUAUGAAAAGGCAGGAAACCUAAAACACUGGGGUCUCAUCCGGAUGAUCUGUGGGAUGCUACGCAAGAAAGUAGAAGAGCUGGAUGCUGCCUGCUCAGAUUUACUAAUUCAUCAGAAACAUCUAACAGUUGGCCUUCCUCCUGAACCAAGAGAGAAAACUAUUUCAGCCCCGAUGCCCCCAGAUAAGUUGGCAAGGCUGAUCAAUGAGGCUAGCGAGAACAACCUCACCAUCGCCAUUCUCACUCAGGAGAUAAUGGUGUUUCUGGCUAUGAGUAUUCGAGCCCAGCCUAAAAUCUUCAGUGAAAUGUUUCGCCUCCGAAUUGGCCUCAUUCUUCAGGUCAUGGUCACAGAGCUCGCCCAGUCCCUCAACUGUUCAGGUGAGGAGGCUACAGAGAGUUUGAUGAAUAUGAGCCCAUCUGAGAUGAAGAACCUGCUGGUUCACAUUCUCAGUGGCAAAGAGUUUGGAGUUCAAAAAAGCGUGCGCUCAACAGGAAAUGUGGUCAGCUCUGCUGUCAAUAUCCAAGACAUGAGCAAAUCCAGCUCCACCAAAACUGAAGUGAAAGUUGCAAGUAAACAGGGUGGUGAUAUCAAAUUGGCUGUGUCAGUUCAUUCGCUGGAUAUUGGAAAUAUUGAAUCCGGGAGAUACAGACUUCCAUCCAUUGAGUCAUUUCAGGGAUCAUUAGGAGCCACCUUGAUGCGUGACAGCAGACAUGGCCAGUGGCUUCGGCGCAGGCGUCUCGAUGGAGCUCUCAACAGAGUCCCAGUUGGUUUCUAUCAGAACGUCUGGAAGAUUCUGCAGAAGUGUCACGGGCUAUCCAUUGAGGGCUUUGUGCUUCCAUCCUCAACCACAAGAGAGAUGACUCCAGGUGAAAUAAAGUUUGCCGUGCAUGUGGAAACAGUCCUGAACCGUGUUCCUCAGCCUGAAUACCGGCAGUUGCUGGUGGAGGCCAUCCUGGUGCUGACCAUGUUGGCUGAGGUGGAUGUCCAGAGUGUGGGUGGUAUCAUUCAGGUGGAGAGGAUUGUACAAAUGGCCAGUGACAUGUUCUACAAUGAUCAGAAAGAACUGGGAGCUGAUGAGAGUCUCCUUGAGAGAGAUCACGUGACUGGCAUCUGCAGGCUGAUGUACGACAGCGCCCCCAGUGGCCGUUUUGGCAGCAUGACCUACCUUUCUAAAGCAGUUGCUAGCUAUGUUGAGGACUUUCUUCCCAGUGGAGCUUGUGCCGUUCAGUGAAGCUCCAAAGUUAAGUAUGACAUUUUAAAUGUAGUGUAGGUAAUAUUAAUGAUCUUUGUAGAUAUGUGUGUGAAAAAGAAUGAGUGGAAAAAGUCAUUUUGUCUUAAGUAAUUGCGAACAAGGCGAGUUCCACUAGCUUCACCAAAAAUGCUUUUGGUUGGCCAAGCAGUCAGGAUGCCCCAAACACACCAGAUGUUGUUC